AUGAUCAUUGGUGGCUCUUUCGUGUCGACCGGCCAGCUGUGCAGCAAGUUUGCGCGCUACCAGUUCCGCCCCCACUUCUUCCAGCACGCCGGCUUCCGAGUGGUGGCGCCCGAGGUGGACCCAACCGUCUACGACAUGAGCAAGCACAGCGUCGACAGCCCCCUGCGCCCCUUCUACGAGACCAGCUGCAUGGACGCCGCGCCGCCGCACGUGGGCGACCGCGCCUGCUGCAGCAAGGAUCGGCGCGAGAGGUUCACGCCGACCAUGGCGGAGCAGGCGCAGCUUGACAUUGCCAAGGUGGCGGCCACCAAGCAGAGCUACGAGACGGACGCGCUCAUGUGCCAGUACCUCGCACUGCAUUUUGGACCCGUGGACACGGCCCUCGCCGAGUUCGCCGCCGAGACGGGCAUCCUCGCCGCCGCGGCCGACUUCCCCAAAAAGUGCGGCGACCUCGUGCUGCGCUGGGCGGCGGAGGCCGGCGCGGCGACGGGCCGCGCGCUGGACCUGGGCUGCGCGGUCGGGCGGUCGUCGUUCGAGAUGGCGCGGGAGUACCGGGAGGUCGUGGGCAUCGACAUCAGCCAGACGUUUGUCGACGGUGGGUGGCCGGCCCUCAGCUUGUUUGGGACAUAG